UGAGUUGCCAGAGCGCCGAGCAGGCAGCAGCUAACGGUCAACACGGCAGCCUCAGUCCCACUCCAUGUGAGAUAAAGCGAGCCGUCUGCCGUACAGGGGACAGAAAAUAUGAUGUUCGGACGCCGAAGCGGCUUCUGAUCCAUCAUUGUCACCCGGUUUUCAUUUUGGAGGAUUCCUCCCUCCAUCCUCCGGAUCGCACCGAACAGGCAAUGACAACGGUCUCAGCAACCCCGCAGCAGAUGAGGGACCGGCUGCUGCAGGCCAUCGACAGUCAGAGCAAUAUAUGCAACAUGGUGGCUGUGUUGGAAGUAAUCACCUGUCUGGAGAAGUAUCCUAUCACCAAAGAAGCACUUGAGGAAACCCGACUAGGAAAACUGAUCAAUGAUGUGAGGAAGAAGACCAAGGAUGAAGACCUUGCAAAGCGUGCUAAAAAGCUCUUGAAGAACUGGCGAAAGCUGAUUGAACCCGGGCCGGCAGUGGCUGCGAGCGCCCCUGGGUCCACCAACGGCAGUUCACACCCCUGCAGAACAGAGGCGUCUCCUCCUGACAUCUCGCUGCCAGGCAAAGGCGUCCCCGAGGUCAAAAUCAGAAACGAUGUUCACAACACAUACUCGCCAAAAGCGGAGAAGUCAAGCAGCCGCAAGCGCCGGGCGGAGCACAGGGACGGUGGCGUGCACUUACCAGAGAAGAUCUCCAAGAUGUCCUCAUUUGAUAACUCUGUUUCACCACCGCCCACCAACGGGAUCGCCGGCAGUCCAGACGCGCUGCCGGACCAGGAGGUGGUCCCGUCUCCUGACAGAUCUCGACUAGAGCACCUUGAUAAUGAUAAAAUCAACAGAAUUCCGGUCAACGCUGUCAAGCCUCGCCCCAGCUCUCCCGGGGUUGCCAAACUACCUAGCACUUCCUCUUUGAUCAAAGUGGCUGUGAUGCAACAGCAGGCCAGACUGGACGAAGGCGGAGGGGGCUGCUAUCAAGCCAAAAGUCCCCGCGGCCUCACCACCAGUCCCAGGAGCAUGAAGCAGGACACAGUGACCAAGCGCUCUUCAGCAUAUGCACCGAAAGGAACUCCAGUCCCGAGCCCCUCCUCCAGAGACUCUCCCGUGUUGUUCUCCCAGCCCGUGUCCUCCCCAAGCCAAGCCUCGUACGCUGACAAGCUGCCACAUUCUUCUCAUAGGUCUUCAAUGCACUGGGCCACUUCGUCAGAAGUCCCGUCUCAUUGCCCACCGCCAGACAUCUCUGCAACACUGGAAUCCCUGUCUGUCUCCCCGUCCCCCUCUCUCCCCCCACAGAACUCAGACCUCCACAGACCGGCGUCGGAGGGAGCCAUGGCGAUGUCUGAUGACGCAGACGGGCCAGCCGUGUCCAACUCGGAGCAUAAAAGGAGGAAGUACAGGUCUAGAGACUACUCUGUCAACUUAGAUGGCCAGAAAAUAGAGGACACGACGAAGCCUGUACGCUUAAAAGAACGCAGGCUAACGUUUGACCCGGUCACUGGUCAGAUCAAACCUCUGGUGCAUAAAGAACAUUCUCAGACAGAGGAAGCUCCCACUCCUGACCCCUCCGAGUCCAGGCAAAGAACUGAAAGCACUGUACAUCGGCCCGCUCUCCCUACCCCGGCCCCAAUCAUAGCCCCAGCCCCGGUCCCGCCCUUAAACCCAACCCUAAACCCGACCCCAGGUCCCAGUCCCAACCCCUUCCACCAAACCAAUUGGAAGGAGCUGUCUAGAAAUGAAAUCAUCCAGUCCUACUUGAACCUUCAGAGCAAUGUGCUCACCUCCUCAGGGGUCCAGGCCCCGAGUGCACACUUUUUCAUGUCAGAGUAUCUGAAAAGGGAAGAGCAGGAGAUUAAGGAGUCAAGGAAGACACACGUUCUGCAGACAGACAGCCCGACAGGGGAUUUAGCGGGCGUGAGCCGGGAGGUGACAGGCGAGGACCUGGACAGGAUGCACACACAGCACUGGGCGGGGGUGAACGGGUGUUUCGACACCAAGGGGACCUGGUAUGAUUGGACAGAGUGCAUAUCGCUGGACCCUCACGGUGAUGAGAGCAAAUUGAACAUCCUGCCAUACGUUUGCCUAGACUGAGGGUUGGGAAGGUGGUCCUUUUCCACUCCUUUCUUUCGUCUCCCCACAGAGACGAGAGUUUUUUGUGAUUUUGUUUGUCCACUGUGAGUUUGGCGAGAACCAGGCCUGCUAAACUCCCCUAGCCACGCCUCUUCCAUUUUCUGUGAUAAUCAAUUCAGAUUUUGGUAUAAAAAGCAUAAAUAUUAAAAGAGUAGUUGAGUUUGUAAUAUCAAGGGCUGUUUCUGUUUUAUUUUUCAAACUGAAAGCCACAGGAAUGAUGAGGCCCAUGUUGCAGAGUACUGCUGCUAUCACAGAGGCAGGAGAGGCGGCGUUGCCCCAGACAGCCUGGAGCGGUCCGACAGCGUGGAUGCUUCAUGAUCUGUGUUGUAGCCCCGCUUCAGGUGCACUGGGCUGACACUGGUUUCCUCUUUACCUUCUGCUUUCUACAGUCUAGGGGAGGCUGGGGUUUAGCGGUCCUGUCCAGACCACCAUGUUGGUGCCCAGGAGAGGUGUCGGUAGAGUUCAUCUAGCACAGUUAGAGCUGAACGUGUCCAGACUAUGAAAUACUGGAGCAUAUUUAGCAGUUACAAGAAGCUUUAUGUGAGAUAUAAAGAGUAAAUUAUAAAUUUCUUAUCCUGUAUACAUCUAUUUAUUUUGACCUGUUCAUUUAUGGGAUGAUCAUCAGAACAGAUGGUCAACAAAACUUUGGAUUCUUUUUUUUUUUUAAAUUUUCCCCCUCUGUGUUUGCAUCACGAUGUUGUCAGCCUGAUCUUCACUGUUAAGAGGGCACUCAGAUGUCCGCGUGGUCCGUCUCUAGGAUUGGCCAAUGCACUUGGUUCUUAACAUUCCAGACUCCACCCUUCACCCACUUUCUCCAUCUCCUCGUAUGGCUCCUGAAUGCCCACGCCGUCUCACGUUCUGAAAGUUCACUUGGUUUCACAUGGUUCCAUCCCAGUAGCGUGGUGCUGCUAAUGUUAGCGACGGAACAUCUGUCAGCAGCUGUUUGUCCUCCCAGCAGACGGUCACAUCAGAUGGUGUUCAUCAGUCACUGCGUUUGAGGGACUCAAGCCAGGACGUGUUUUAAUGCUGGAACUCACUUUGUUUCCAUUCCUUCACAUAUUGUUUGCCUUCUAACGUUCUUUGACAGUAUUUCUCUGAGUUGAGCAGCCUUAGUGAAUGUACAGGACGGUGACCUCUUAUGCACUUGUACAUAAGUUGACAACGUAUUGGUCGUUUCAGCACUGACGGGUCAGCCACAUUACGCGCCCAGAGUUUAUUUAAACACAUUUCAGGUUGGUAAAGCUGCUUUCAGGAGUUUAGAACACGUUUAGGAUGAAGUAACGUUCCUUUUGCUUCCAUCUUUGAGUUCAGUAAACAUAAAAAGGUGAUUUAAAAAGAAAAAAAAAAAAAGAAAGCUUGGGCAUCUUGGCAUUUUCCUCGUGACAACCAACUAAUACUUCAGUUUGUUUUCCUCCCAUACUGCUCAUCGGUCACUACCGUGUUCCUCACAUGAUCUGAACUGAGACUGGCUCAUGUGCAGCCUCUCUGGCCGUCCGUUCAGUCAUCCCCACCAAUGUGCCUUGCUAAAUGGUAAACCUGGAUUUGCUUCUGCACUAAACGCGCCCGUCUGGAGCCGAGUUGACGUGCGAGAAUCCCAAAUCCUUCAAUGGAUAUGACGCUGGUAUAUGCACCGUUUUCUGUUGACUCUUUUUGUACACGUGGACGGAGGAGGGUGAAGCUGCAGAUGAUGAGAAGCUGCACAAACACAACAGAGCUGGCAAUAAAGGAAAAGUGCUACAACUGGUUGAUAAGAAUCUGUUUUUCUGGAGUUUUGACUGGGGCAUCUUUAUUUGUUCAGUGUUUAACAUCUCUCAAUUGUUUGAAAAAUAAAAUGAUCUAAAUCUUCA